CCCAAUGCUGUCAUCUCGAUGCUGGAUAUGGUGCUAGACACCCACGGGCGUGGUGAAUCGACAUGCUUCAUCCAUGCGGAUAAUUAUCCAGAUUUGAACAGGACAUGCAAAUGUGUCUCCAACCUUAACAAUGGAAGAAAGUUAAGAUUUUGAUAUUCUAUUCCACAUCUGCAUCUUAUCUAUCUUCUAUUGUAUCUGGGUCUGGAAUAUUCUGAAAUACUGGUGAUAUUCUGAAGGAAUAAUCCCUUCAGAGCAAAGUGAUGGCAGGUCUUUCUUCUUUGUUGCUGUAAUUGGAAGUUUGGAAUCUACAAGGGUUGUAUGUCACAUUUUAUAGAAGGUCCUUUGAUAGAGGAUUUGAUUUGAUUUUAUAGAGGAUAUGAGUUUACCACACUGAAAACUGGUGUCAUCAAAACUGCACUUAAAAAACACACACUGCGAUCACAAUUGUAGUUUUAUCAAUUUUAUUUUUGUCCAUAUAACCUUUUGUCCACUUACAUUUACAACAUUUGGCGGCAUUACAGUUUAAGCUACAUGCUUGAUAUAAAAAGCGUCAUAGUUUUUCAUAGGCACUACAACAUACGGAGUUCUUUUUGGUGUAACCCUCACAAUUGGUUCUCCAUUAGUAAAUAUACCAAUGUAAACUUCUUUGCUCAUUCAAUGGAAGCAGGUACACUAUCACACUCCAUCUGGGUAUGUCCACUUUCUAAAUACUUAUGUUCAAUGGUGUCUAUGUUUUUACAUUUUUCAAUGCAAAAGUAAUAACCUAAUUUCGAUUUUGACCACUACAACAGUCAGAAUAAAAACAGACAUUCUUUACUGUGAUGGGAAGGGAUUUCAUGUAAGUCAAAAGACAGGUUCCCACUUCACAGCCGCAUUUUCCUUCAGUUUCGUUCCACAAUAAGCAUGUCAAACUUGUGUUUUGUAAACAGUAAAAGAAAAUAUUGAAACUUUUUCUUUUUCUUUUAUAAUAAACUUGGCUCAAAGGAGAACAUGGAAUCGGUAAAACAGCCUCUAGAUCAAAUCUUAUUUUACCAUCUUAGUGGGAGAAUAAUGUCUUUUUGAUAAGCACCAAUGAAGGCAUAUUCUCCCUAUCUAAUUACAAAUUAGCACAAUAGUUUGUGUAUUCCUGUUUAAAUAAACAAGAUGCAAUAAUUCCUUAACAAGGAAAGGGCUUCAUAUUUUGUUUUUACCUUAAAAUAUAUGCACACAUGGCUUAUGUUUAACUGAUUUAAGUGCACUUAAAUCCUUUUGGCACAUGUUUUUCCUCUCAAUAUGUAUGAAAACUUAUUGUGCCAAAAUGACUUAAGUGCACUUGAAGCAUUCUGGCAUACACCAGAUUUGUCGAUAAGCACUUAGUGCACCUUGGUUCUUUCGGAUAAACUAUGUUGUAUUCAAGAUGCGAUUCCAGGGAAUAGUGCAUAUUGUAGAGCGUUGGAAUAACUCUAUGAACGUGCAAAAAAGUGAUUUUUGAUAAAAAGUGCACUUAUCACGUUCUGGCUUUAACCCCUCGAUAUGGUCUGCAAUAUUUUACAGUUCAGAACAAGAACCGCUACCUCAUUGGCUAUUUCACAUGGCGUGUGAUGACCGGCAGACAUGACGUGAUAGAAUACCACAUGCAAAUACCAGGACAUGCCAGGUGUCUGGUUGACAGUGGAUUUGGGCAUUUAAAGAAACUUUACAGGAGGUCGAACAUUGAGACAAUGGACUCAUUGACCCAGAUGGUGAAUAUGUCCUCAGCAUCCAAUGAAGCAGUGAGGUAUCCGGCAUGGAACUGGCGGGAUUGGAAAGGGUUUUUGUCCCGACUGUUUUGUCCUGUACCAGCGAUAAGACAAUAUCAGUACUUCCGCAUGACGACGGAAGAGCCAGGUGUGGUCACAAUGCGCACGAGAGUCGGAUGUCCAGAGGUCAAGGUUACAGUGACUAUGGAUGGCGUCCAUAUUCCAUACCAACAACCGCAGAUUGUAGAGGCCAAAGGACUCAGCCGAAACAGACAGGAGUACUUGUACAAAGUUGUCAGGCCAUAUCUCAGCGAUGCUAACAAGGAUGCUACUUGCCCUUGCCCAGAAACAUCACUAUAGUUAUGUCGUCGCAUCUAUCGCAUCUACGGCGAAAUAUUACACACAUUAUAAUAUCAAUAUUUACAGGCGAAUGACAAAUAACUGAAACUUAUUCUUCAGUACUUUUUGAAUAUCCUUCAAUGUCUGUUUGAAUACAUUGGUUUAUUUAUAACACAUUUAAAUAACACUUUUUCAUAUCAAAUGAAAUAUUUAUAUUCACUUCUGCUCGUUUCUAUAGAAUUCAUGGCAAACGAAGAAUUCUGCAUUCAAUAUAAGCUGUACGAUAAAUAAAUUGUGAACAUGCUAAGAAUAAUUAUAAAAAUUAUUAAAGAUUACUCGACUCUUAAUUUUUAAAAACAGCACUUUUGGGAAAUAAAAAUCUAACAUUUCAACAAAAUGAAAUUAUUUUAUUAUUUUUAUUAUUAGAUAUUGUUGGUUUAUGUAUUAAUGGUGUAAUUGAUAAUGUUUGUUUUGAUGCGUGCAUUCCUAUGAAAAACUAAAUGAUAUGUUGUGAAAAUAUGUGAGAUUGGUUUAGAAAAAAAUGAUUUAAACUGUAUUGUUUGCUGGUCGAUGUAAAUAUAAGUGGACUUUGUUGCUAAGCAACGUAUGUUAGUUUACAGUUUAAUGUUAAUCACAACUAUUUUUUGAACACAUAGAUACCUGAUAAUAUAUUUUUAACAAAAUAAAUGCGUUCUUAAAGGGAUCUUUUCACGCUUUGGUAAAUUGACAAAAUUGAAAAAAGUUGUUUCAGAUUCGUAAGUUUUCGUUUUAGUUAUGAUAUUUGUGAGGAAACAGUAAUACUGAACAUUAACCAUGCUCUAAUAUAGCCAUUAUAUGCAUCUUUUGACGAUUUUAAAACCUAAAAAUUAUAAAGCGUUGCAACGCGAAACGGUUGAAUAAUUUGGAGAGUUCUGUUUUUGUCCUUAAAUUUUGUGAAACUACGAAGAUUGCUUAUAUAAAGUAUAAAAUACGUCAAGAAUGUGUACUCGGCGGAAUAGCUCAGUAGGCUAAAGCGUUUUUACUUCAGGACUCUGGCAGGACUCCAGGGGUCACUGGUUCGAAACCUGCUCCGGGCAAUGUUCUUUUCCUUUCUUUAAUUUUUUUCUUGAUUUUUUACUGGAGCUUUUAUGAUCCAAUGUUUACAUUUAUCAAUAUAAAGCAUUUAAUGAAUAAGUUAAAAAAAUGCCAAAAUCUGUGAAAAG